CAAACAAAGAUAUUUUAGAGACUGUAAGUAACCAAACAACAGCACUGACUUGCAUUGGUUUUGUGUCCAUACAUUAGAAGUCAAUGGGUGCCGGCAUUAUUUGGUUACCGACAUUCUUCAAAAUAUCUUCUUGAAAGUCAAACAGGUUUGAGGGUAAAUAAAUGAUGAGUUUUCAUUUUUGGGUGAACUAUCCCUUUAAUGCUGUCACUGUGGUCCAAAUCUGUCUAUAUAAAAAUCUUACGAGGUGGUAAAUAUUCUUAAUCCACUCCAUUAGAACGAAAUAAGAUCAUGACAUGCUCCCCAUGCUACAGCACAUCCGUGCUAAGCUCAAAUAACUCCAACAUAUGACCCUUGAUGUUGCAUAAUAUCAUGCUUACGCCCGUCAGAAGAUAUCAGGUGACAGUCUGAUGAACGCCCGCUGAGGAAGUGUUUACUGCAGCCAAUCACAAGCCAGAUGUCCCAGAAGUGAUCUUAAGUGGGUAGGUGGAGCGUCGUGCGAACCCCAUCGGGGAAUGAAGGACUCACAGAAGCGAUGGCUACCAAGCAAUCCCAUCUUGAAGAAGACCUCUCCUGCCCCAUCUGUGGAAGCAUCUUUGAAAAGCCGGUGGUGCUGUUUUGCAGACAUCGCUUCUGUAAACGCUGUCUGGAGAGCCUGUGGAACGGCGUGGGAGCUUGCGAAUGUCCUCUCUGCUGUCAGCCAUCAUCUAUGGGAGAGCUCGUAGUCAACACCACGCUCGAGAAGACCUGCGAAGGAUUUCUGAAGGAGCGCUCCAAAAACGAUCCUUUGGCAUGCAAGGAGCAUGGAGAGAGAUUGAGUCUCUUCUGUUUGGAGGACCUGGAACCCACUUGUAGCAAAUGCAAGUCUCUGGGCAACCACAAGGGUCACAGGUUAUACGCUUUAGAUGAGGCCUCACAGGACUGUAAGGAGGAACUCAAAAACGCACUAAAACCACUUCGAGAAAAGCUGAAGCUCUUCCAGAAAGCUAAACUUACCUGCGAGCAAACAGCAGAGCACAUUAAGAAUCAGGCAGAUCAUACAGAGAGCCAGAUACGAGUCGAGUUUGAGACGCUGCAUCAGUUCCUGCGGGAUGAGGAGGCAUCCAGGCUUUCCAUGUUAAAGCAAGAGAAACUUCAGAAGAGCCAGAUAAUGAAAGACAAGAUUGAAGAUCUGGAAAACGACAUCACAUCUCUCACCAACACUAUAAGAAGUAUCGAACAGGAGAUGAGAGCUCAGGACAUACCGUUCCUCAAGAAUUACAAAGACACUAUAAAAAGAACCUGGCGUAUUCCCCAGGAUCCAGAGAUGGUAACACGCUCUCUCCUUGAUGUAGCAAAAUACCUGGGCUCCUUGAAGUUUAAAGUCUGGGAAAGAAUGAAGGAUAUUAUUACAUAUACUCCAGUGAUCCUCGACCCAAACACCGCAGCGAGCUGUUUCCUCCUGUCAGAAGAUCUCACCACAUUACAGUGCUGUGCUCAGACCUAUAACAUCCCAGACAACACCGAGCGCUUCGAUGUGAGUGCUGAGAUGCUGGCCAGCGAGGGCUUCAGCUGCGGCCGCCACAGCUGGGACGUGGAGGUCAAAAACAACACCUACUGGGUCAUCGGAGUGGCAAGCGCGUCCAUCAACCGGAAGGGAAAGCACGUGCUGACCCCGGCGGAAGGAUUCUGGACCAUCCGACUGCGUAAUGGAGAGUACAAAGCCUGCACCGCCCCGUGGUCUCCGCUCAAUCUGAACAGGGAGCUGCAGGUCGUGAGGGUUGUAUUGGACAUGGACAGAUGUAAGGUGACGUUCUAUGACCCACGGGAGAGAACGCCGCUGUUCAACUUCACAGACAUCAUCAUUCCGAGAGCAUUCCCGUACUUCUGCAGCGCCUGUAAGGAACACCCGUUGAGAGUGUUGCCGGCGAGGGUGUCUGUAAGCGUAGACUGAUAGGCCUGUAAAAAAUGUCCCGCUCAGCGCUUCUCGUCCCGGGCCUUUACUCAUGUUACACGUGUUGUAUGUGGGCAAGUUAGAUAAAAAUAACACUUCCACUUGCUUUGGAGUUUAGGAAAGCUGGUACGCUCUUAAAAAUGGGAAGUGCUACAAAAGAACCACGUCUUAGUUUUUUAUAGUCUGUAGAACCUUUCCCGCUACAAAUUGUGCCUUUAUGGUAUUGUGUAGCGCCUUUUUGUGUUUUAAUAGUAUAUGUCUCAUUAAGAGGUUGAUUUAGACAACAAGGUCGUGUUUCACCUCAAAAUCAACAGCAAAAUAGGAAUAAAAUGGUUUUGCAUAUUACGCUCUUACAAAAAAGGUUCUUCAAAAUGUUCUUCGAUGCCAUAUAAGAACAUUUUGGUUCCAUAAAGAACCUUUAACAUCUGAAGAACCUUUAUGCUUCAAAAAAGAUUCUUUGGGACGAAAAAAGGUUCUUCAGAUUAUAAAAAGGUAAGAAAGAGAUGGUUCUUUAAAGAACCUUUGUGGAACCAAAAAUGGUUCUUCUGUGACAUCGCUGUGAAUGUGUAAGUCUACAUGUUUUAGAAUCAUUUUAUUGACAAUACAAUACAUUUGUCAGUAAUUUACUGUAAAGAGAAUGAAUCUCAUUCUUAUUUAUGGAAUCUAAAAGAAAAAAUCUAAUACUUACCUUGUAAAGUACAUUUGUAAUGUUUGUAAUGUUUUUAAUGCAGACAUGAACUGCAAUAAGAACUCUUUCUGGACACAUUCAUUUUCUUACUGUACAACAAAAAAGUUGUUUUAUUCUGCAUUACAGGAAAUGAUGUGCGUAUCCUUUAAAAAGUUUUAAAAAAUCUUAAAAGAGCAAUGUGGACAUUUUAGCGAUGUCUAGUGGUGAGGUUGCGAAAUGCAGCCAAUGGCUCAUUCCACCCCUCCCUUUUGAAGCACUACGGUGGCUGACACAGCUCUAAGAAGUGUUUGCUUCUUUGCUGAAGGAGAUAACGUAUUUACAAAAUAUGCUCUAUAGAGCAGUUCGUCCGUUUAGGGCUACUGUAGAAACAACAUGGUGAAUUCCAUCCAAGGGGACCCGUGGUGUAUGUAGACAGAAGCUAGUAGAAAGCUCAUUCUAAGAUAACAAAAAUGUAACACUUAAUUGGGCGGUUUCCCAGACAGGGAUUAGUUUAAGACAGGACUAGGCCUUAGUUAAAUUAGGAUAUUUAAGUCUUUUUUAAAAAAACAUACUUUACAAAAAACAUUACUGGUGUGCAUCCUGAGACAAAACAAUCUCACUGAUAUGUCAGUACAAGUUGUUUUCGAUCAAGACACCUCUAACAUUUAAAUUAGUCUGGGACUAGUCUUAAGCCCUGUCUGGGAAACCGCCCCUAAUAUGUCUAGGUCUUUAUACACCUCUGAAGACAUAGUUAUGUACAGUAUAUUAUAUUGCAUUUCUGUCAAUAGAUCCUCCUCCAAAGAAAAAAAAGAAAAAAUCACACACAGCACUUUUAAUGGUUCUAAAAUAAACUUUUUCUUUACGCAAAACUAUUUGAAGAGUUGGUUUCCAAAAUGAGAUAAUUCCGUUUUUAAAAUGUUUAAAAAAAAUCAUAUUUUUAUUGUUAUCAUGUAUUUAUUGUGUUUGAAUGUGUUAGUUAGCUGUAUUUUUAGUUAGU